AUGACUAAAGAUUCUCUUCUAAAAAAAGGUGGCCAAGCCUUUAUUAUUCAUAAAGGAAAAAAAUCAAUAAGCAAAGUUUUCAUCAGUGAGAAAUCAUUUUAAAGAGAAAAUAAUAUCUAACUAAAUUUCAUCUAGCCUUUGAAUAAAAUCUUUAAGAAUAAACCUUUUGCUGAGGCUUAUCCAUAAAAAAAUACAAAGAAUCUUAAUAAAAAAGAAUUUAAAAUGAAAAAAUACGAUGGUGACUUGCAAACUUAUUUAGAUAAAAAUCCCAAUCUAAGUGAAGAAGAAGUGCGCCUGUUAUUUGUUAAAAUUAUUUAUCCGGUUUUUAUUUUACACAGAUGCAAAAUAUAUCAUGGAGAUCUAAAGCCAGAGAAUUAUCUGUAUAAGAUAUGCAAAAGAACUAAGGAGUUAUUUAUUUAUUUAACAGAUUUUGGUGGUGCUGAUAUACUCAGUUCUCGAAAUGAAAAAAUCCACACGCCUUAUUGCUACUCUCACAAAUUCCAUCCUAUUAAUUUAUUAGACUAAAAUCAUCCACAUUUCAACCCCUUUUCAGCUGAUUGCUAUAUGCUUGGGGUAAUUUUAUCUCGCAUGUCUUCACACUUAAAAGACAUAUCUUCUGAUUUGAGAAUUUUAUUAGAUCUUCUUAUUAAUUAUGAACUGUAAAUUGAGUAAUUAAUUUUAUUUAGAUGGAUAAAUUGCAGUGAAAAAGCUAGAGAUUUAAUUCUUAAAUUAUCUAAAGCAAGUUAAGAUUGUGAUUAAAAAGAAAACACAUCUGAAAAUAAACAAAACAUGCAUUAAUUAUUUGGUUACUAAUAAAGUCUAUAGAUUUAAAAUCCUAUUUCUUAAAACAUUUAUUAUCAGCCCAUUUAAUACUAGUACUAAGUUUAUAAUCCUUAUUCAUAUCCAUACGAUUUUAACUAUGUUUAAUUGAUUCAGAAUAGUACUUUACCAUAUUCUCCUAAUAGCAUUAUAUAUAACAACCUAACAUAUAAUUCAUAUCAAUAAUCAUUAUCCUUUAGUUAAUGA